UUUUUUUUUUAAUAGUUCUUAAUAUUAUUAUUUUUCGGUUGUGAUUUUUAUUUUUUUCGCCGUUUUUUUUUUUUCAAAAACUCAAUUCUUCGUCAGCCGUUUCGCGCUCAGCACAAUCCUAACGAAUCCAUUUCAACCAUGCCUUGCUGCGGUGGUGAUGACGCGUCUGUGGCCAGCAAAGAGAUCGACAAGAAGCUCAAGAAGGACAACAAGGCAUUGAAAGAUGAACUGAAGCUACUUUUGCUUGGUGCUGGUGAGUCUGGCAAGUCCACGAUUGUCAAGCAGAUGCAAAUCAUCCACAAGGAUGGUUUCUCUGACGAAGACAGGAGCCAAGGCAAGCCCAUCAUCUUCGAGAACGUUCUCUCCUCAAUGAAGGUCAUCAUUGCUGCCAUGGAGCAGCUUGGCAUCAAGCUUGCCGACAGCGCCAACCAGACACACUGCGACUUUAUCAACGGCAAGGAGGAGUACGACAUGGAGCCCGAAGACUACAACGCCGAGUUCUUUGGCCACAUCAAGUCCCUGUGGGCCGACAACGGUAUCAAGGAGUGCUACAACCGCUCCAACGAGUACCAGCUGAACGACAGUGCAGGAUACUUUUUCGACAAUGUCAACCGACUGGUCGAGAAGGGCUACAACCCCAGCGAAAUGGACAUGCUUCGCAUGCGUAUUGUCACAACCGGUAUCUUUGAGACUCGCUUCCAAAUCAGCGGGGUCCAGUUCCACAUGUUUGACGUCGGCGGCCAACGCUCCGAGCGCAGGAAGUGGAUUCAAUGCUUUGGCGAUGUCACGGCCAUCAUCUUCGUGGUUGCAGCAAGCGCGUACGACCAAGUGUUGCGCGAGGACGCUUCCCAAAAUCGACUGCGCGAGUCGCUCGAGCUCUUCCAGAACAUCUGGAAGAACCGCUGGCUCGAGAAGGUUUCCGUCAUUCUCUUCUUGAACAAGGAGGACUUGCUCGAGGAGAAGAUUCGCGUCAAGGCACUCCCUGCUGACGAGUUCCCAGACUACAAUGGCGGCAACAACCCAGAAGCUGCCAAGGCCUACAUCAAGGACAUUUUCAUGAAGAUUGGCCGCGAAACCGAGCACAAGCGCGUCUACCCGCACUUCACCACUGCAAUCAGCACUGAGAACGUCAAGCGAGUGUUUGAUGCCUGCAAAGAUAUCAUCCAACAGUUGCAUCUCAUGCAAUACGGUCUUGUGUAAUCCGCUUUUUUGUCAGGUUUUCUUUUUGUGCUAUUUCGUUCAUUCCCUUGUCGUGGCGUGCAUCCAUUCAUGGAUUGGGGGGCUACCCGUGUUUUGAUUGAGCUCCCCUCAUUUCUGGUCUUGUUUUUUUCCUUUCUUUGUUCUCGGAAUUUUGUUUUCCGCUUGGUUCAAACGCUGCUUGAUAUCCUCUGUCCCCUCCCUUUUGUUGUUGCGUUUUAUUGCUUGUACACAUUUUUUGUUUGUUUCGGUCAUGAAUGAAGUUGUCAUUUGUACAUGAGUGUUAUUCAGAAAACAUUGUAAAAUCUGACGCAGAAAAAAGGACCAACGCA